AAAAAAACAGAGAGGGAAGGAGAAGAAGUUAAUUGGAGAAUGUCUGUUUAUACCUCAUUGAUAUCUAUAUUCCUUCUCACCUUCUUCACCUUCUUCACUGCUGCACAAUUACAAGACCCGACCUACGUCGGCAUCAACUGCAGUAACAGAACAUCAACAAAAACCACUUACUUCUCAAAUCUCAAAACCCUUUUGACCUCUCUUUCUACAAGUCCUGCUUACUUAUUCGACAUGGGAUCUCGUAGUCUUGCAAAGGGUCAAGAAGCUGACAUGGUCUUCGGAAUUUAUCUUUGCAGAGGAGAUCUCUCCCCUCAAGUUUGCCGUGACUGCGUCGUAUUUGCUUCUAAAGACGCUCAGAGUCGAUGUCUAAGAGGGAAAGAGUUACUGAUUCAGUAUGAUGAGUGCAUGCUUGGAUACACAGACCGUAAUAUUUUCAUGGAUACUGUAACCACAAGGUCCACACCUACAAUAGUCACUUGGAACACUCGGAGUGUUCCUUCGGACCAAUCGGACCGGUUCAAGGAUGCAAUGGUUUCUCUGAUGAACAAGUCUGUAGUGGAAGCGGCUAAUAGCACAGAGAAGAAAUUCUCUGUUAACAGAUCAGUUUUGUCUUCGGCGCAGACGCUUUAUGCAAUGGUUCAGUGUCUUCCUGAUCUGUCAAAGGAAGAUUGCUUAAGCUGUCUUCAACAAUCCAUGAAGGAAUUUAACUUCAACAGAGUUGGAGGAAGAGUUCUUGUCCCGAGUUGUAACUCAAGGUACGAGCUUUACCCUUUCUACAAUGAAACCUUUGUGAGAAAUCUCUCUCCUUCGCCUCCGGUUUCAGCUCCUCCAUUUCCGGUGAAAACUCCUCCCUCGGUUUCAGCUCCUCCGCUUGCGCCGCCUGGGAAAAGAGUGAAUUCCACGGUGAUAAUCUUAGCAAUAUGUGUGCCGGUGGCUGUCUCUGUUCUUCUUUUUGUGGCUGUUUUCAGCUUCCGUGUGACAAGGAGAGUGAAGAAGACUUAUGAUACAGCCGCUGCAGAUGAUGAAGGGGAUGAUAUUACAACUGCAGGCUCACUUCAGUUUGAUUUUAAGGCUAUUGAAGCUGCAACAGAUAAGUUUUCGAUAUGUAACAAACUCGGUCAAGGUGGUUUUGGUGCAGUUUACAAGGGGACACUUCCUAAUGGGUUACAAGUUGCGGUGAAGAGACUUUCAAAAACAUCAGGACAAGGUGAAAAAGAGUUCAAGAAUGAGGUCAUUCUUGUGGCAAAGCUUCAGCAUAGAAAUCUAGUCAAGCUUCUCGGAUUUUGUUUGGAGAGAGAAGAGAAGAUACUUGUCUAUGAGUUUGUGUCUAACAAAAGUCUUGAUUACUUCCUGUUUGACUCUAGGAUGCAGAGCCGGCUGGAUUGGACUACACGGUACAAGAUCAUUGGAGGAAUUGCUAGAGGGAUUCUAUAUCUUCAUCAAGAUUCACGGCUCACAAUCAUACACCGUGACCUCAAAGCGGGUAACAUUCUCUUGGACGCUGAUAUGAACCCCAAGGUUGCAGAUUUUGGAAUGGCAAGAAUUUUCAAGAUGGACCAGACCGAAGCAAAUACAAGAAGAGUAGUUGGUACCUAUGGUUACAUGUCCCCUGAGUAUGCAAUGUACGGCCAAUUCUCAAUGAAAUCAGAUGUCUAUAGCUUCGGAGUCUUAGUUCUUGAGAUUAUAAGCGGGAGGAAGAACAGCAGCCUCUAUGAGAUGAAUGGAAGUUUUGGAAACUUGGUUACAUAUACUUGGAGGCUGUGGAACAAUGGAUCGCCACAAGAGCUAGUGGAUUCAUCCUUUCAAGAGAAUUAUCAAAGAAACGAAAUAAGUAGAUGCAUCCAUAUUGCCUUAUUAUGUGUCCAAGAAGAUACUGAAGAUCGUCCAACCAUGUCAGCGAUCGUCCAAAUGCUUACUACUAGCUCUAUUGCCCUCGCCGUGCCUCGACCACCUGGAUGUUUCUUCCGAAGUAAGCAUGAACAAGCAGGUUCAUCAAUGGAUAAAUCUGCUCUCUGUUCCAUUGAUGAAGCAUCGAUUACUUCUUUAGCUCCUCGUUAAAGACAAGCUCGUCUCAUAAACCAAAAAAACUGUCAAUUGAAAAAUAUACAAUUUUGGGUUCAUACUAGAAUAUAGGAGAAUGUUACUUUCUUUGAGGUCACGGUGUAUGAUUAUAAUCCAUGAAUCUUGAUGAGGGUAAAAAUGUAUUGAUCAGUCCCUCCAAUGACAUUGUAUAUUGUCUAAUCCAACUGGU